UCUGUCCUUGGCCCCAAACUGACACAGAACACAACCACCAAAUUCACUCUUCACUGUCCCUAUUCACUUCUCUUCCCGGCGGCUAUCCACCGCUCCCGCCGGCGACCUUAUUCCCCCGGACCGCCGGCAUCCAUGGCCGGAAAGCUUGGAGAUUCCCCCACUCCCCCUUCUCCGUCAUCCGCCCCCUGAUCUAGGGUUUCUUUCCUCUUCCCCCUUCUCUGUUUCCCGGUGAGUGACUUCAUUGAUUCUCUCCUCGUCAGCCUUUUUCUCUUGGUUUUGUUUGUUUUUCUACAGAAUGCCCUACUUUCUGCGGACAUAAAAUGUUCCCCAUCUUCAUAACGGGCGUGAGGAAGUAAUUAUUCGAGUCUAAUUCCUCCAUGGCCUUCGGCGGAACAUGAUUGAUGAUUCAGUUUUGUGUCUUUUCAUGCUUUAUCCUCAUUUCUCUUGUAUUUUACCUCUUCGCCAGUCCUCUCUUGGGCAAUGUGCAUCUGUGGUUGGGUGGAAUAUGUUGGUUCCUUCCGGUGGUAGCAUAAUGCCUUGGAAAUUUUUUUGAAUUUUUGCUGGGUUAUUGAGUUAGAACACUGUGGCAUUUGGUAUUUCUGGAUCUGAAGCGUUUAGUUAUAUAGUUUCCUUUGAUUGUUCCUCCUGUAGGAGAGUAAUGGACUGUGAAUCGAAUCACACAUUUGAUUCAGAUGAAAGUGACGUUGAUAUUCAGGCUGAAAUCUAUGAAAAAGGUGGGAGCAUAGAUGAUAUUCAUAAGAACUUGAACUUUUGCUUGCGUGAGGAUGAUAAGGUAGCGGAGCAAUCUGUUGUAGAUUUUCCUGUGGAUGGAGUAGAGCCAUACAUAGGUAUGGAGUUCGGUUCUAGAGAUGAAGCUAGAGAAUUCUAUGUUAAUUAUGGUAGACGCAUUGGAUUCACAGUUCGCAUACAUCAUAACCGUCGUUCCCGCGUAAACAAUCAGGUGAUUGGUCAGGAUUUUGUGUGUUCGAAAGAAGGAUUUCGUGCUAAGAAGUAUGUGUGCAGGAAAGACCGGAUACUUCCCGCGCCACCGAUUACGCGAGAGGGAUGUCAAGCCAUGAUAAGAUUAGCUUUAAGGGAUGGAGGGAAGUGGGCUGUCACAAAGUUUGUUAAAGAUCAUAAUCAUCUGUUGUUGAGUCCUAGUAAAGUUCCAUGGCGAGGAUCUGGAAAAAACUUGCUCGGCGAGGACGAGAAGGACAAGAGGAUUCGAGAGUUGUCGGUGGAGUUGUACAACGAGAGACAGAAAUGUAAGAGGAAAUGUGCUGCAUAUGAAGAACAGUUGAAAGCAAUUUUGAAGGAGUUGGAAACGCACACAGAAUGUAUAUCAAAUAAAGUGGCAGAAGUAGUUAAGAGCAUAAGAGAAAUUGAAGAGGAAGAAGAAUCAGGAGGGUUGAAUCAAGGGUGGAUUUAGAUGAACAGCCUCUAACUUCUAUAUCUUAGGUAUGGUAUGGCUUCAAACUUCAAAGCUUGGAUUCUUAGUUGUUAUUAUUAUUAUGAGGAGCCAAUGUUAAACUCUCAUUGAAUAGAAUUUUAGUGUAUAAAAGUAUUUAUCCUUGUGACAUGAGGCUGACACAAUGGCUUUGAGGUGGAUGUUGCCAUGCCGAUA